UUGGCAUGAAGUUUCAAGUUCUACAUUUAUCAUUAUUUUGACUGUGUCUGUCAUGAAACAUAACUCUGACUGGCUCCUCGCCUAUCAGUAGUGAUAAUAUUUAACGUCACAUUGUGAUCGAGCCAGUCAAUUUGAUUUGAUACGACAAUACACAAUAAUUUUCGAUUGGGUUAUGUGUUGAAUCGUUACACAUUCCGUAGUGAUUGUAUAUAAAGAACUAGCUUCAUAACGUAAUUUUAAAAGAAGGUACGAAGUAGUGACUUGAAACGACAAGACGGUGAACUUAUAGGUGCUUGGCUCUCCUAGCGUAGACGCAGCUUAAUAUUUUAUUAUCUCGGUUUCCACAUCAGUCUCAAGUGUAGUUCAGAAUAUCAGAUAAAAGUUAUGACAUUAAUUAACGUUUAGGAAAAAGUUGACUUUUGAAUUGAAUGGUAAUUCUGAGCUCGAAGUUUCUAUCAACACUUUUUCCGACGAUUCGUAGAAAUAUGUCUCAGAAACACUUGCCUCUGUUCCUUGAGGGAGAAGUGGUGAAAGGUUUCGGAAGAGGUUCCAAGGACCUUGGAUGCCCUACAGCUAACUACCCAUUGGAAGUAGUGCAAUCCUUGCCCAAAGAUCUGGAACCAGGAGUGUACUAUGGCUGGGCACAACUGGACUCCGGCACAGUUUAUAAAAUGGUGGCUAAUAUUGGUUGGUGCCCAUUCUACCAGAAUCAACAAAUGUCUGUUGAAACCCAUGUAAUACACAAGUUUGACACAGACUUCUAUGGAUCACUUUUGAAAGUAAGCCUGGUUGGUUACUUGAGAGGCGAGAAGAACUUUGGAUCAUUGGAUGAUCUAAUACAAGCAAUCAAGAAUGAUAUAAUUAAUGCCAAGAAUAUGUUAGAGUCGCCUGAAGCACAAAUCGUAAAAGAAAAUAGUUUUUUUACGAAGUCUAAACAUAUUUGACUUUAUUGUAAUUUUACAUGCAUGUUACCACUGUUGAUUAUUUCUACAUAUUGCUGUAGUUCCAUAUGGAUUGUUUGUUUAUUUCAGUUUUAUUAUUAAGAUAAUACCAAGUGUUCACUUUGACAUGUAUAAUUUAUACUAUUAGUCCAAUUUUUAUUUAAUUCUUUUAUUUUGAAAUCAUGAUAAUGAAUGGAUAUAGGGUGUGGCUUGCUAUAUAAAUAAAUGCAUAUUUUGUAGUAUAUAGGGGCUAUUCCUAAACUAUGUGAUAUUUAAACAAAAUGUGCAAUGAUGUUAGUGUUAUGAAUAAAAUAUAUUUUAAAUAUAAUAA